CUUCCGUCGGCGACGUAGCACCCCGGAAGGUUUACUUUUUUUUCUCCUGACACGUAGCAACCAAGUUGGCAGGGCUGUGGGUAAAUUUGUCAAACGUUACAGAGUGAGAGAUGUCGGGGUUUGACAGCUUCAACUCAGACUUUUACCAGUCCAGCUACAGUGUGGAGGACCAAGGCCAGGGCGGCUAUGGCUACAGCAACCCCCAAGACCCCUACAACAAGCCAUAUGGUCAGUAUGACUACUCCCAGCCUGCGGGUUACUCUGCCCCAGGGAUGAUGCAGCCACAGCAGCCGUACACAGGACAGAUCUUCCAGCCCACACAGACCUACACCCCGUCCUCAUCACAGUCCAUGUACAGCAGCAGCUUCGAUGAUGAGCCACCACUGCUGGAAGAGUUAGGGAUCAACUUUGACCACAUCUGGCAGAAGACCCUGACGGUGCUCCACCCAAUGAAGGCAGCUGACGGCAGCAUCAUGAAUGAGACAGACCUGGCUGGCCCCAUGGUCUUCUGUUUGGCCUUUGGAGCGACACUACUCUUGACAGGAAAGAUUCAGUUUGGCUAUGUGUACGGUAUCAGUGCCAUUGGCUGUCUUGGCAUGUACUGCCUACUCAACCUGAUGAGUAUGACAGGCGUCUCCUUCGGCUGUGUGGCCAGCGUGCUCGGCUACUGCCUCCUCCCCAUGAUCCUCCUCUCCAGCUUUGGAGUCCUCUUCUCUUUACAGGGCAUGAUGGGAAUCAUAAUAACAGCAGCAAUUAUUGGCUGGUGCAGCUUCUCGGCCUCAAAGAUCUUCAUCUCAGCACUGGCCAUGGAUGGGCAGCAGCUGCUGGUUGCCUACCCCUGCGCUCUCCUAUAUGGGGUCUUUGCACUCAUCUCUGUCUUCUGAAAAAAUUUAUUCAAUAACAGUUUAAAAUUACUGCUCCCCAGUUUCUGUAAUUUCAGUCUAAUUAGCUUUAGUGUAAUUAGUGUAAUUAUUGUCUAAUUACACUGUUAUUAUAGAGAAAAAAAAGGGGAGCUGCUCUCUAAAACGGCACCGAGCUUUCUUUUCUAUUUCUCCAUCUCUCACUGCAUUCCGACUCGUCCAUGCUGUCCAUCUGUAGACUGGAACACACUGUCUCGUUCACUUCUUACAUCCACCUCGCUCCCUUCAUGAAUCUUAAAGGAGAGGACUGUCCAAUAAACCUGGUGUAAAGUAACUCUCCUUACAGUUGAGGCCUGGAUGGCCGAGUAUAGUCCUAUGAUUUUAAGGACAUGAAGGGGAAGGAAGUGAAGGAGUAUUUCACACUAUGGACGGGCGAGAAGUAAAUAAAGACAUUUGGAUUUUGGACGCAGAUGGGGAAAGUUUCAAAACCAAGCAGGACCAGGAAUCAGCAGCCAGCAAAUCUAGCAGCCUAAUUUAAUUCCACAGCCAGAAAGAAAUGGCGCGAUUAUGAUUUUGCAAGAGCUGUAUUGAGCCAUUUCUGGCGAGCACCCACGAUUCAAAUAUUACACCUGCGACACUUCUCUACAGGACCAGCUCCCAUUCGUUCUAUUUUUACACCCUGAAAAAGGGACAGAAAGGGGAAUGGAGGAGCAUCCAUCUCAGAUCAGAACUGCUUCCCCCUCCCGACUACCCGCUUCACUCCAGGACUGAGGAGCCACACAACCCGUCAUCUGCCCAACACAGCAAUGUCUGAUCUUUGUUGUAAAAGCAGCAGCUGCUCUUUAUCUUAAAAUGUUUUGUUUGUUUUUUCUCUUGAGAUUAAUUCGAGCUCUGAGGCCUUCCCAGAAGACAAAAUACGGUUUGCACAAAAAGCUUUUUCGGUAUCAUUUACAAAACCAAACAAGUUUAAUUAGACAUUGACCAUUAAUAUUCUAAAAGAUGUGAGCUAAAUUUCCAUAGCUAUAGCCAUGUCUCAAUAGGUAUAGUAUUUGCGGAAAGGUCUGUCAGUCUCAUGUCUUGGUUGUUUUAGAGUUGACAGUGACAUUGUGUAAUUCGGUCUGUCAUCUGUUUGUGUCCUCUCAUGCAAAGGCAUACACAUUAAAGUUCUCAGAGGUGUCUUUUAAGAUCUGCUGUUUGAUAUUGAAAGGUGAAUUCUGAGGCAUAGCAGAUAUCUGUAAUCAUUGAUAUAACCUAUAAAAGACUAAAAUAAGAUUUUUUUUUUUUUUAAUGUAUCUUGUAGCUGUAGUUUGCAGCUUUCAUUGUUUAAGAGGUGUAGGAAGGAACUGAAACAGUUUGAAGAGGAGUAGGAAGAAACUGGGCAUACAGCUUACAUGGUGACAAGUUUUUAACAACAGAGACAGAGCUUUUUCACACUGAGUAGAUGUAAGAAACAUAAUAAGAUUCUGCAUACUUUGGUUCAUGCCAUUUCACUUUUAGUGUUGUUUUUAUUCUGGAAGGCAUUCAUAUUGGCAUUGAACGUUAAUUACGAUAGCUGUAGGAAUCUAGCAAAGCUUGGUCAGCUGAGAAGAGUUGUUGCUAUUCUACAUUAAGCAGCUCACAAAAUGAAAUGGCACUUUGUGCAUUUGCUUCAACUUUAUAUCUCGCUCACCAGAUACUUUGGUCUCCUUUUCUUACACCUUCUAACCCUUCUUGAUUUAUCCAUUCAUCAGCUGUAGGGACACGGAAAGCCUCUCUAUUACUUUUUACCACCACAUGUUCAUGAUCAGUUGGUCAUACGGUUACAAAGCACAUGGGAUAGCAAACUUUCAGCUCAGCAAUGAGUGCCUGCGUGUUGACACAUCUGUAGGAAAAAAACCCAUCAAAAAUAGCAAAUUAUAAGAGGAAAUCCACUGAGGUUUUAUUAGCUGAACAGCAAUCUUUCUUGCGUACUUUUGUCCACUGAACACAAAGUAAUGUGACCACCACAUUUGUCUGAUGUUUUGUUUGCUUGUCUAAUUUACUAGACCACAGGACACUCCACGAUGCUGUAGCGCUCUCCCCUCAGAUGGUGUACACCUUUUUGUGACGUUUCCACCAUUUUGAUUCCUUGACUUUAACUUUUGUCAGAGUCGCACCUGAGCAUACACACUUCACAUCACAAAAUCCCAGAGGAAACCUUGGAUCCAUUCAGACUUUGCUGAUAUUAGUGAAAAUUGGGGGCCAGGCUUCUGCUCUGGUUGUUUUUGUAAGUUUGAUGUCUAAUUUGGUCCUCUGGCUUUGUGGAAAGAGAGGCCCUUGAGGUCAGUUGUAUUUGUUAUGUUGAGAUUUGUUUAUGUGUUCAAGCUUAUCGCCAGAAGAAACCCUGACUCCAGAGUCAGUUGUUUAUGGACCAGUCUGUGAUUUAGGUGCACCAGACCACAAGAGCAGUACCCUGACUGACUUUAUUCCUGGUUCGAAGCGAAACUUAAAAUGCUAUGCAUCACAUAACAUUGUGCAGAGAAGGUUGCCGAGAACAAAUAUGGUGUUGCAUGGCUACGACAGAAACCCCUCUCUCGUGUUUUUUUUUUUUCUUCCCUUGUGGGUUUUUCAUGCACUAAACCUACACAAAAUGCAUAUGCCGUUUAGUCCUUGAAUGAAUGAUAACCCACUUAGCAGUAAUGAAUAAUUCAAAAAUGAAAAUGGAGUGCUUUUCUAUUCCAACAGACUCAACAUCAAGGAGAUGCUUUGCAUUUUAAGUAAAUCUUGACAGGAGCGCUCAGUACUUGCAGGCCUCGUUCAUAUGGCCAAGUAUUUAUAGAUGCAUAUAUGUAUAAUUUGUAUAUCAGUUUAACGAAAAGAGGAAAACCUACCUGUCAUUUUAGUGCCAUGUCAAUUUUCUUGAUGAGUGAAUGGGUUCAGCGUCAUGCUUUUAUGGGGAUAUUGGCCACUUAAAAUAAAAUCUUGCUUGUAUAUGU